AUGGGGCAGCUGAACAACUUGCUGGUUGGGCAGCAGAAAGAGCUCCACCAAGUGGAGGACCAGCUGGCUCAGCAGCCAUCCCCUGCGCAGCUCCCUGUGGCGAAUUUGCCGGAGGGCUCUGCCGACACAGCAGUGCUGCGGAAGAUGAAAGAGCUGAAGAAGCAACACCAGGAGGAGCUGAACAGGCAGUACAACGAGAUCGCCAAGCUGCAGGCGAGACCGUUGGCUGCGUGA